CAGAGUGUCAUCUUCCACGUCGAGACUCACCCGAUAUUCCGAUGGUUUCAACAGUGUGUGACCUUCAACUUUUUCCCGUCACCCGAUCACGAGCUUGCCUACAAUCUCUUCAGCAUUAUCGCCCUGUACGGCCUUCCCCUGGCCAUCAUCACGUCAGCUUACUGUGUCAUCUUGUGUCGGAUUUCCAAGAAAUCGCGUCAGAGCAAAGGUAAGCGCGCACCCCCACCCCCACGAAGCUUGUACGAACAAUACAUUCCAUGAGCAUCGUGUAUUUUAAUGUGAUCUAGCACCACACUCUUUGGACUAGCACCACAAUCUUUGAACUAGCACCACAAUCUUUGAACUAGCCCCACAAUCUUUGUACUAGCACAACACUCUUUGGACUAGCACCACAAUCUUUGGACUAGCAACUUCUACGGGGUCUACUUAAAGACGAGGAAUCAACCUUUCCCUUUAAGGUUGUUUGAACAAUAAGCAAAUGUGUGUUCAAAGUAUUAUUAACGAUCCCCAGUAGCGUGCGUAAUGAAUGGAAGCAAAAUCUACGAAUAGGGUUUGUCAUUUAAGAUGGCAGAAAUCUAUUAAUAGAACAUCCGGGCGUAAAGUCAGGCCAUUCUCAUUAAAAUGUGAAUAGAACUUCCCGUUUUUCCAUUCGGCCAGCUAGCUUUUACGUUGCUUUUACGUUAAUGUGAGCCAGCGAAGUCGGCGUUUACCUAGACAAAAACGUGUUUACAACUGCGUUAUACGAAAGAUUUUACCUACAAGAAUAAAUCGCUACUGCUAUAAGUUUAUGCGAAAAUACAUUGUUUCAAACUACGUUUUAAGAAAUCGUUGCCUAAAAAUAGUAACAUUACGUAAUGCGAUGUGAUGUUUUCCGGUAUUAGAAAUGACAAGCCCAAUUUGGUCAAAGUUUAAAUCCCGUCUGGCAAGCAUAAUAAAUUAGCUAGUCUUGCAAAUUAUUUGAGGGGGGGGGGUGGAUUUUACAAUUAACAGGUUUAGAUAAUUUUUGUGAAAAAUAGAUCACAUUAUCUUUUAUUGAUUUAUUUUCUUUAAAACUCGAAUAAAAAAAAAUUCAUACUCUCUAUCUCUCUCUCUCUCUUUCUCUCUCUCUCUCUCUCUUGCUCGCUCUCUCUCUCUCUCUUGCUCGCUCUCUCUCGCUAAACGAUUGUGUGCCCUUGGUUUACAGGUCGUAGGCACGCGCAGACGCGACCAUGACUUAGCCAGAACACCCCUUGCCAUAGCGACCAUGACUUAGCCAGAACACCACUUGCCAUAGCGACCAUGACUUAGCCAGAACACCCCUUGCCAUAGCGACCAUGACUUAGCCAGAACACCACUUGCCAUAGCGACCAUGACUUAGCCAGAACACCACUGGCCAUAGCGACCAUGACUUAGCCAGAACACCACUGGCCAUAGCGACCAUGACUUAGCCAGAACACCACUGGCCAUAGCGACCAUGACUUAGCCAGAACACCACUGGCCAUAGCGACCAUGACUUAGCCAGAACACCACUGGCCAUAGCGACCAUGACUUAGCCAGAACACCGCUGGCCAUAGCGACCAUGACUUAGCCAGAACACCACUGGCCAUAGCGACCAUGACUUAGCCAGAACACCACUGGCCAUAAUCUAGUUUUCCCCAUUUGAAAGAAAUUGGUUAAAUGCGAGACUUUUAUCCUUUCAUCGGAUAAACCGCAACAACAGCAAAGGCGGCAACCAAAUCCUCGAGGCUUGUGUUAAGAUAAACACAACGUGACACGUGACACUGUGUUGAGAUAUGUCCUUUUUUUAUUCAUACCUCAAAAAAAAAAAUUAUACCAAAACUUUUUUAAAAAGAAUUUCUAUAAAAGACGAGUUUAAACAGAAUUAAAAACUAGACAAUAAUUUUUUUUACGCAAAGAAAGUAUGUCCAGACCCGUGGUAAGGCACUUGGUGAAGCCAUAGGAUUCAAAUUAAAUCUAGAAGAAACUUUUUUUAAACCUAAUAUUUGAAAACAUACUGUACAUAUUUACUUUGAAAAAUGAAUUUUUAAAAAUUUAAAUAUUCUUUAAAUACAUUUUUUGUGCGUUUAAAAUUGUCUUUGAAAGAAAUUUAGUUUUUCAAUUUAAAACAUAUAUUUUCCUUUUUUUUUUUAGUAUGAACAUUUCAAACUGUAAAUUACACAUGAAAGUAUAUUUAAAAAAAAACAAAAAAACAAUGAUGGUUACAAAAUCAUGGGUAUAGCGACUUAGCUCUUUACCCAAGCAUUUAACUAUAAAGUAGAGUAGAUUGCCAUCCGUUUAUCAGGGUAUAAACAUUUCCCCAAUCCCAUCCCGAAAUCCCACAGUUAGGACCGAUGGGUUUUGUAAGUGAAUGGGUAGAGAUUUUAUUUUUAAAUCACCUUUUCUUAUUCCUCCAUCGCUCACAACUCCAACCCAAACCCUUCUAUCCCUAAACCCAGCCUACCGGAGCUGUGACAUUGUGGUCAUCAUCUCAGACGCACGAGGAAGACUGAAUCGACCGAACGAGAGGGUCACGUGCGUCAACAGCAACAACAAAUGUACAAAUGCGACAAAUGAAAAGAAAACGCGAGUCAAAAGAAGGCCUUUAAUGACGUAUCGGAUUCCGUCUGCGUCACUUUUUAGCACUACCCUGGGGCAGCUCAAACAUUAUUUGAAUGGAAUGGGUUUUAAGAACUGUUCAGGGGUGGUCAUUGAGCCGAUCCUAUUUUGUAACAAAAAGGGUUAAAUGGCUCCUUUAAGGUUUCCUCAGACAGAAGCAGAUCAUGCUGCUACAGUGGCGUGUCUUGAUACCGGCACAUCCUGAUAGAUGGGUAUCUUUGUAGAAACUAAGUAGAGUGCCAUGCUUUAUUAUAAAAAUUGAUGUAUGGUGCCAUGACUUACAGAAACUUGACUUAUAGCGGCAAGCUUUAUAUAAAAUUGACUUACAGAAACUUGACUUAACAUUGUAAUGGCUUACAGACAUUUGGCGUACGGUUUCAUGCUUUACAGCAACUUGACUUACAGUGCCGUGACUAAGAGAAGCUUUACUUACAGUGCCAUGACUCAAAGGAACUCGUCUUAAAGUGCAACGAAUGAGAGAAGUUUACAGUGGCAUGACCGGCAGAGACUUUUCGUUUAACACCAAAGCCGACAAGCUGGCUGACGAUCAAACUUUAUUUCAUUAGAUUAUCGGAAGAAGACUGCAAGCAGGUUUCAAUUAGGCCAAACAUCUACAAACAUUGUAUUGUCACUCGGGUCAUUCUGGCAGCCAACUUAUUUCACUGGUGAGCUUACGCCAACAUGGCAAACUCCAAGCAAGUCCAACACUUCCAACUUCAACAAAACUACGAACGAUUUGGCAAGAAACCUUCUUUAGCGAACAAACAACAGUAAAAACAAGAUUAAAUACCUGUUAACAAAAACACCACACUUGGCUCCAAUGUAGAAUGUCCACAUUCCUCAUGCUGUCCUUUCAGAUACUACAUUGCAGCUAAGUGUUUUUUUUUUUUUUAAAUAGAGAUUUUAUAUUCGUUGAACUGUUCGCCGAACAACACUUCUUGCCGGCACGUUUAAUUUUUUUUUUUUCAGAUUUGCCCAUACUUUGUUUCGCUCAUUUUCUUUGACCUAACCACAUUGCAGCCUCUCUUUACUUAGUACAACUUCAACAAGCUGCUGAUGCCCUGGUCAGCAUUCAUUACAUGGUUUGCCUUGCGCAUGGUUUCCCCACACCUUACAGAGCUGAAGAAUCCCUGCUACACACCUAUCUUAGCAAUAUCCUGGGGCGACCCCGGUUGUUAUUCAAAUUGCCCUCGACUUGAACGAAAGACAGCGACCAAAGUACCAACGACCUUAGGUGACAGAAUUCAUUUUAAAUAAGGCUCCGACCUUCAUUUUCAUACCACGUCAUUUCUGUGUUUUCAUUGGUCACACGCUUUGCCGCCGCCUGGCUCUUGACGCAUGACGUGAUGGUGUGUUUCUUCGUUGUUUGCCAAUAGAUGAACUGUCUGGAAAAGUGUUUGACGGGUCAAGUCAUCAGCACGCAGGACUACGUAGAUCAGGCGUGGGAAACAUCGAGAGGGCGAAGUCCAGGACGCUGAAAAUGACUCUUGUUAUCGGUAAGACGUUGCAUUUUUUUUACUCAUUAUUCAGUUUCAAAGGCUAGAAAUUAUAAAAGUUAUUAUUAUAAAAGUGGUUAGGGAAGUGCAUGUUUCGUUCAGUUUAAAUUACGGUAACUGUCUAGCCUAACUAAGCCUAUGGUCUGUGUGUCAGAGUAACAACAACUCACAAGCGGUGGGCUAGGAUCUAGCAAACGUUCCUCAGUACAUUUUGUCUUUGUCUGGAACAGUGACGGAAUUUCGACCCGGUGCACAUUUAUAGAAAACGCGCGCUCCCCAUCACACACAUCUUUUAUAAUCUUAAAUAAUAUUUCCCGAGCGGAUCGUUCUUGUCUGAGCCGCUCUCUUUGCGCACUGUGCUGCGCUGUCUUUCGCUGCUUCCCCAUCGUGCGCUUGAUCACGUACGCAUCAAAUGCACACACAAGAACAUCCAGGAGAUCGACGUGGAUGCAAUAAGUAAAUUGUCCUUUAAAGGACCUGGCAGUAACAUUUGCACUGGUGCCCCAGACUUUGAACGGACAGUGUUUUACACGCACAACGUUGUUGCGCUGCCGCAGCUCGUGUUAGAUAUAAACUCCUCUUUACGUCACUGAUCUGAAAUAUAUCAACGAACAAGAAAUUAGUAAAAGAUAUACUUUUUUGUUUUUGUUUCACAUUUUGUCUGUAGAGUCGCUUUGAAAUUCUCAAUAUCGCUGAACUCACGAACUAAAUUAUUGAUAGCCUUAAAGUUUUUGAUAUUGAUUUUUUUAAAUCAUUCAUUAUCUAACGAAAUUGAUUUGUGUAAAAUCUUAACUUCAUAGCUUCAGGAAGCGUUACUUUGAAGAUCCACCAAAUGUUUGGAGAGAUCAAAAUACUACCACUAGACCAGGGGUUCUCAACCUGUAGGUUGCGAAAUCCUUUAGUGGUCGCACAAACCUUUCACAGGGGUCGUCUAAGACCAUCUGAAAACACAAAUACUCUACAGUUAUAAAGUAUCAAGGAAAAUAAUUUUGUGCCUGGGGGUCGCCACAACAUGAAGAAUUGUAUUAAAGGGUCACUGCAUUAGAAAGGUUGAGAGACACUGCACUAGACCAUUCACAGUUGAAGCCAAUCAUCUUGCAAACACUUAUCGACAUAAGGCUGCGUUAUGUGUAUGAGUAACUGCUUUGUUUAUAAGGGCCGGGUUUGAGGCAGGGACGUGCUGGCCCACAACGACGCGACGAGCAUGCGUCAUGGGCCUUUUUGGGCAGAUAUUACAAUCUCCGGUGUGCGGGGAGGGGGGGCCUCCGUGCCUUUCUUACUACAUAGUUCGUCACGGGUUUCCACGUGACAGCACGUCCCUGGUUUGAGGUGGGGAGGGGUUGGGUGGUUGGGGAGCGGGUGGUCCACAUCAAGCCAUAAAAUACAAUUCAAAUUGACGAGCAGGGGCACAUUCUUUGAGAAUAGAAAUAUUUAGCGUGCGUUUGAAGAGAACUCAAACCAGGUCGGACAUGAAUGCCAUAUAGGUGAAUUACCUUGUCAUAUUGUUGAAUUACCUUGUCAUAUAUGUGAAUUACCUUGUCAUAUAGGUGAAUUACCUUGUCAUCGCAUACAUUCAUAAUUCUCACCCCCCCCCCUACCCACAUGGCGUCAUGGAAUUGGCAAAUGUUGCAUUUCAACAUCCAAACAUGUUCAGAUAAUGCUCAUGUUCUUGAAAGAUAAUGUAAGCUUCAGACCUGUUUAUACUGAUAAAAUAAUGACACUGAUUUUGCCUUGAAAUACUAGCUGGGCACAUGCUUAAUCUGUACACUUUCUGCAAAUUGGCGUCAUUACUAGUUGAUUGAGUAUGUGAAGGGGGAAAAAGCAUCCUAUCAUGUGGCCAAGGUGAUCGAGUAACAGGCAUUUGGUUGUGUUGGAAGCUAAACAAAACUGGUGGCGUGAAAGGGGGUAAAAAAAAAGAAUUUGCGAGAGAGAUGGAGGGAAAGAUGGAGACGGAGAUGGAGAGAGAGAGAGGGGGUGAAGGAAAGAUGGAUAGGGUUUUGGGAAAGGAGAGGUGGAGAGAGCGAGAGAGGGAGGGAGAGAGAGAAAGAUGGAGAGAGAGGGGUGAGGGGAGAAAGAUAGGGUGAAUUGGAGGAAGAGAAAGAUAGAAAGAUACAUGGUGAGAGAGAGGGGGAGAUGAGAGAGAGAUGAGAGUUUAGGCGAAUAAAAAAAGGGGGGGGGUUAAAAUGAAGCAUAAAGGCGAUACAUUGCGGAGAGAUAAUGAGAGACGGUCAGAAAGAAAGGAAGAUUCAGAGAAAGCUAGCCAACGGAAGAGAGAUACAUAGAAGCUAAUUCGAAAUAAUCGUUAAUAUAAAUGAGUGGGCCAAUGUGCGGGAACGAGAGUGGGAACAAGAUUAGGCCAAUGAGUGAGUACACGAGUGGGAACAAGAGUGGGCCAAUGAGGGGAGAAAAGAGUGGGAAAAAGAGUGGACCAAUGUGUGGGAACGAGAGUGGGAUAAAGAGUGGGCCAAUGAGUGGGAACGAGAGUGGGAAAAAGAGUGGGCCAAUGAGUGGGGACGUGAGUGGAAACCAGAGUGGACUAAUGUGUGGGAACGAGAGUGGGAACAAGAGUGAGAAUAAGAUUAGGCCAAUGAUUGGGAACGAGAGUGGGAACAAGAGUGGGAACAAGAGUGGGAACAAGAGUGGGAACAAGAGUGGGAACAAGAGUGGGAACAAGAGUGGGAACAAGAGUUGGAACAAGAGUGGGUCAAUGAGUGGGUCGAUGAGUGGGAACGAGAGUGGGAACGAGAGUGGGAACGAGAGUGGGAACGAGAGUGGGAACGAGAGUGGGAACGAGAGUGGGAACGAGAGUGGGAACGAGAGUGGGAACGAGAGUUGGCCAAUGAGUGGGAACGUGAGUGGAAACCAGAGUGGAUCAAUGUGUGGGAACGAGAAUGGGAACAAGAGGGGGCCAAUGAGUGGAGAACAAGAGAGGCAACAAGAGUGGGAACAAGAUGUGGCCAAUGAGAGGCAACGAGAGUGGGAACAUGAGUGGGCCAAUGAAUGGGCAAAAGAAUGGGCCCAAGACUAGUUCUAUAAGUGGGCAUACGAGUGGUAAGAUGAGUGGGGGAAAAGAUUGGGAAAAAGAGUGGGCAAAUGAGUGGGCAAAAGAGCGGGCCAAAUAUGUAUCAAAUGUAAUAAAGUCACCUGACAUCAUCAUUGAACGCUAUCUCAUCGAGUCGUAAGCACAAAUAUACAUACAUAUAUAUAUGUAUGUAUAUAUGUUUUUUUUUAACAUGCACAUCAAAUCUCAAAAUUAAUCCAGUCUUACAAGUAAAUUUUAAAAAAAAUAAUUUCAUAUCCUUCCAAUCAGAUCAUCAUCAAUGCAAAAAUAACAGCAUUUUUUUAAAUGCAAUUCUUUUCUUCCUUCUCCACACAGUGGGUGCUUACGUCAUGUGUUGGACCCCGUACUUCGUCAUUUCCGCCUGGUACUACUUUGACAGGUCAGUCCUGACAUCAGCUUGUCUGAGAUUUUGUGUUUAGAUCAUUUCCCUUGAUCAAUAACAGGGUCAAUGCUGGCCUCACGUGACACUGUCUUAUUCCAUCAGAACAACCAAGACCUUUCCCCAUCGUGUGUUGGAUUAUUAGAUAGCGCUAUGGCUGAUGUAAAACAGAGUAAGAGCUGUAGCUAUUGCACAAUAGAGUAAGAGCUUUAGCAAUUGCACAAUAGAGUAAGAGCUGUAGCUAUUGCACAAUAGAGUAAGAGCUGUAGCUAUUGCACAAUAGAGUAAGAGCUGUAGCUAUUGCACAAUAGAGUAAGAGCUGUAGCUAUUGCACAAUAGAGUAAGAGCUGUAGCUAUUGCAGCUGUAGCUAUUGCACAAUAGAGUAAGAGCUGUAGCUAUUGCACAAUAGAGUAAGAGCUGUAGCUAUUGCACAAUAGAGUAAGAGCUGUAGCUAUUGCACAAUAGAGUAAGAGCUGUAGCUAUUGCACAAUAGAGUAAGAGCUGUAGCUAUUACACAAUAGAGUAGGUGCUGUAGCUAUUGCACAAUAAAGUAAGAGCUGUAGCUAUUGCACAAUAGAGUAAGAGCUGUAGCUAUUGCACAAUAGAGUAAGAGCUGUAGCUAUUGCACAACAGAGUAAGUGCUACAGCUAUUGCACGAAAGAGUGAGGGCUAAAGGUAAUCCACACCACAGUUAGAACUAUCGCAAAUGCACAACAGAGAAAGAUUUAUGACUAAUGCACAAUAGAGAAAGAGAUGUAGAUAAUGCACUACAAAGUGAAUGCUAUAAGAAAUGCACGAUAGACUAUGUGCUAUAGCUGAUGCACGAUAGCUUAAGAUAGAUGUUUCACAACUGUGCAAUCCCUUUUAAAUUAUGUUACUUUGGGCUACGAGGCUAAUGUUUUAAUACUACGUCAUCACUGGAAGACAAAAUGCAUUUAUACGUAUUUAUUGAAGGCUAUGGGCUUCUUUGCCAGUGAGAUGAAGGCCACUGACUACUUUGCUAGUGAGAUUAAGGUCAUGGACAACUGGAAAAGGUCAAAUGAAGGUCACAUACUUCUUUGCCCGUCAGAUAAAGAUCACGAACCCCCUUUUCAUAUAAAGUAUUUAGAUGCUUGUACUAUUUAUAAAAAAGAAAUUUAGCCCACAGAUGCUAAAGGUUAAUAACUCCUCACACAGAAUGGUCCCUAAGGCGGGCCUUAAUUGGGACAUAGGAAAGUCCCUAGUGUUUACCUUUUUUGUGCCGAUCUAAGUUACAUUUAUUGCACAGAUUCUAUGAAAUGGUCGUUCAAUCUGUAUCGAAAUUUCUUUGACGUAGACCUAUCAAAUUUGACUUGAAAUGUGUACACAAACUUUUUAAAUGUCGCAUUGGAAACCACAUCUACAAACUUUCAAUCGAAAAGUUAAAAAAAAAAAUUCUUUUAAGGAACAAUUAAGCUAACUUUUAUAUAAUUUGUCUUUAAAAAUGUAUGUCUAAAUAUAAUUUCUUUCUUGUCAUUCCAGGAAUUCAGCAUUAAAAAUAGAUGGAAAAGUUCAAAGAGGAUUGUUUAUAUUUGCUGUUUCCAAUUCAUGUAUCAAUCCAAUUGUUUAUGGUAAG